GGGUGGCAAAUAAACAACUCUGUAAUAAAAACAAAAACUCACCACUUUCUACCACGGAGAAAAAUUGGCCAUCUGGAGAUUUUGGAGAAAAUCUUUUCUUAAGUCUCGUUUCUCGUGUCCCGUGGCUGGUGCAAAUUUUUUUUGCUUAACGGUUUAUCGUACAAAGACAAAAAGAAUAUAAUGUUCUCAUCACUCUUAGAAGCUGCCAAGAAUUCGCCAUUCCGCACCCCUUUCAGCAAGGUGGAAUGUGCCACACCAGCCAACGGUGCCGGCCCUGUGCCCGGCCGUCAAAUUGAAGCUGCCGCCGCUAAUACCGGUGAAUCCUGCGAAUUCGGAUCAAACAAAUACUUUGCCUUGUGCGCUCUCGGCGGUGUCUUGUCCUGUGGUACCACUCACACUUUCGUCGUACCUUUGGAUUUGGUCAAGUGCCGUUUGCAAGUCGAUUCUGCCAAAUACAAGAACUUGUUCCAUGGCUUCAAGGUUACCGUAGCUGAGGAAGGCGCUCGUGGUUUGGCUAAGGGCUGGGCACCUACCUUCUUCGGUUAUUCCGCUCAAGGUCUGUGCAAAUUCGGUUUCUACGAAGUCUUCAAAGUAUACUACUCUGAUCUUUUGGGUGAAGAGAAUGCCUACUUGUACCGUACCUACUUGUACUUGGCUGCCUCAGCUUCAGCUGAAUUCUUUGCCGAUAUUGCUUUGGCUCCAUUCGAAGCUGCUAAGGUUAAGAUCCAAACCACUCCUGGUUUUGCCAGCACUAUGCGUGAGGCUAUGCCCAAGAUCAUCAAGGAAGAAGGUAUUGGCGGUUUCUACAAGGGUUUGGUUCCAUUGUGGAUGAGACAAAUUCCAUACACCAUGAUGAAGUUCGCUUGCUUCGAAAAGACCGUGGAAUUGUUGUACAAACAUGUUGUUCCCAAGCCACGUGCUGAAUGCACCAAGAGCGAACAAUUGGUUGUCACAUUCGCUGCUGGUUAUAUUGCCGGUGUCUUCUGCGCUGUUGUUUCUCACCCAGCUGAUGUUGUUGUAUCGAAAUUGAACCAAGCUAAGGGAUCCACUGCCAUCCAGGUCGCCAAAUCCUUGGGCUUCAUGGGUAUGUGGAACGGUUUGAUGCCACGUAUCAUUAUGAUCGGUACAUUGACUGCCUUGCAAUGGUUCAUCUACGAUGGUGUCAAGGUUGCUUUGGCUUUGCCCCGUCCACCCCCACCAGAGAUGCCCGCUUCCCUCAAGGCCAAGCUCGAGAAGAGCGAAUAAGCAGCAUUAGCAACAAUAAACUAAUUUACUACUAAUAUAUAUCUCCAACUCAUCGUUAAAUAAGCUCUUUUAAUUAAGUUCAUUAGAUACAAAAACAAACAAACAAAUUUAAAACCCAAGUUAAAGAAAAACAAAUUAAAUUAUUAUCUAAACUAAUACAUACGCAAUUAUACUAGUUGCAAGACAAUUACAGGCCGCGAGACAAAAACUUCUAAAACAUUUCUUUAUUAGCCGGCUAAAUGAAAACAAAACAAAAAAUUUGCAUUAACACUAUGUAAACUAAAUAUUAAAAGAGAGCAGACUAGUCCAACAUUAACUAAACGCAGGGGCAUUAGAGUAUGAAAAAUAUAUAAAUAUUUUCAGUUAGUCGCGCAUUUACUUCUAUUUGAUGAAAGCAAACUUUUCAUUCCAUUCAAACUAUUCUAUGAAAUGCAUUUUCUUUAAGCUUUUUUAAAGUUACUUAGCAUACUUUUUUCUUAAUUUAAUUUAAGCUUUAAUGUUUAUUUAACAUCCCCUAAAAGAACUUUAUCCAAGCUUAACUUAAUCCUCUCCUAACUGUCCUCUACUCUCGUAAAAUUUUGUUUCCAACUCAUUUGUAGAACUGUUAAUUGGUGUUUGCUAAUGCAAUUUAUUGUUUGUUAAAUUUUAUUUUUAGUGUCAUUGUUGAUAUUAGUUUGUAUUUAAAUGUGAUUUUUUUUUUUGUAAUUCAUUUUAUGAAUUAUAUUAUGUAAACUAGCCCCUGGCCCUAAACAGUAUCAUUAAAACAAAGAUUUAAAUAAAAUGUCAGAGCCGGUGAAAUAUAUGAAAACUUAAAA